AUGGCGGAGAACGAUGAGAGAGAACCCGAUAUUCCGGCUGUUUUUUAUGACUCAGGGGAUGAAGGAAGCUUUAAUGGGUUUGAGCUUAGACGUAGUAAUAAUGAUAGUGAUAGUGAUGUAGAUCUUGAAGGUUUGGAGGACGACAGUGGCGGCCCUGCACCUGGAGAGUUUGUAGAUGAUGAUUUAUGUGAUUUGAUUGUCGAAGAAACCAACCGCAACGCUCGCCAAACACUUUCAAAUUCAUCCGAGCUUUGCAGAUCAUAUGUUCCAACAGUAAAGCUUUCCUUAAAUGUCUAUUCACAUUUUUAUCUUGCAGUCAAGCCUGCACACAAAUUAAACAGUUUGAGCAGUAAUCAAACAGUCCUGCAAGGCAAUGAUGCCACAUUUAAUUGCCUGACAGAAGCCUUUCCUACAGCAACCACAUACAGAUGGUUUAAGGAUGGCAAUCGGAUAACCAAUUCUGCAAAUUUUGAAAUUUUCGAUGCUGGUGGUGUUGAAGAAAGUAGACUGACCAUCAAGAAGGCUCAGAAGGGAACUGCUGGACAAUACUCAUGUGAUGGCACAAAUGGAGUUGGAACUGGAGAGAGAAAGACUGCUUUCCUAUUGGUCAAUUAUAAACCUCGGCUAGUCACUGUGACUCCAGACCCAGCCGAUGUGGAGCUUGGACAAAGCAUAACACUCACAUGUGAGGCUGAUGGAUUUCCAAAACCCUCCUACUCCUGGAAGUUUAAUGGAGCAGCAAUUGGAGACCGGCGAAACACUUUGCAACUUGCAAGUGCACAAGUAUUGAAUACAGGGAACUAUACAUGUAUGGCAAGAAAUAGCUUUGGUAGUGCUGAGGAAACAAGAAUG